AUGACAUCUCCUGGCCCUGACCAGGAGGUCGAGCCGAAGCCAAAGUCUAGUCUUCAAAAAGAUGAAAAUCAUCUACUUCGACAGGAACAGAUCCAAUUGUACAAGUCGACAGUGCUGAAGGAAGAACGAGAGAGAAGGAUGAAAAUACGACAUGGAAAGUUUGACGAAUCACCCAAGAAGAAGAAGAGAGUGAGUUUCGAGUUGAGCAAGGAGUCGAUAGAGAAAACGACGCCAGAAAAUAGUGAUAGGCGAUGUAACGAAGAGGAGAGUCGAAAUAGAGACAAAGUGGACAGAGAUAAUAUCAAGGACAAAGGUGAUGGGAAACGUCACACCAAUACAAACUAUAACAAGGAUAAUAAUGGAAGCGGUGAGGUUGGAAGGAACGAAACAUUUGAAGUCACAAGUGAAACGGAUUCUUACAAUGAAAAUGACAGCGAUUUGGUACUAAUAUCAUUCAAACAGUCAAAGAGAACUUCUAUCAAAUAG